UGAAAAGAUUACGAAACACACACAACCCGAAACAAAAAUAUUUCAUAUCAUGGGUAGUAGUGUGGAUGUGAAACCAGCUGAAACACAAGAAGUUGGUAUCAAAGAUCAAGCUCAAUUAUGGAAUAUAAUCUAUGGUUUUGCUGAUACUCUUGUUGUUGGUUGCGUAGUAGAGAUUGGAAUCCCAGAUAUUAUCAAAAACAAUAAUGGGUCAAUCACACUUUCGGAACUUGUAUCAAAACUACCAAUUCCAAAUGUCAAUUCUGAUUACUUGUACAGAAUUCUAAGAUAUUUAGUAAACUUGAAUAUCUUAGGACAAGAAACUUGUAAUGGUGGAGCUGAGAAGGUUUACUCACUUAAACCAGUUGGUACUUUACUUUUAAGAGAUGCAGAAACAAGUAUGGUACAAACGAUAUUAGGCGUGGCACAAAAAGAAUUCAUGGUUCCAUGGCAUUUCAUGAAAGAAGGUUUAGGAAACGGAAGUACAACGGCAUUUAAGAAAGGAAUGGGAAUGGAUAUGUGGAAGUAUUUAGAAGGUAAUCCAGAUCAAAGUCAGUUGUUUAACGAAGGAAUGGCUGAAGAAACGAGACUUUUAACCAAAACUCUAAUCGAAGAUUGUAGAGAUACUUUUCAAGGUUUGGAUUCUCUGGUUGAUAUUGGUGGAGGAAAUGGUACAACAAUUAUGGCAAUCUUCAAAGCUUUUCCUCAUAUCAAAUGUACACUUUAUGAUCUUCCCCAUGUUAUUGCUAACUCUCAUGAUCACCCUGACAUCAAAAAGGUUCCUGGUGAUAUGUUCAAGUCUGUUCCCAGUGCUCAAGCUAUCUUACUCAAGUGCAUCUUGCAUGACUGGAACGACGAACAUUGUGUCAACAUUCUGAAGAAGUGCAAAGAAGCAAUACCGGAAGAGACGGGUAAAGUGAUCAUAGUGGAUGUAGCACUUGAUGAAGAAUCCGAAGAUGAACUUACAAAGGCAAGAUUUAUUCUUGAUAUUGAUAUGUUGGUGAAUACUGGUGGUAGAGAGAGAACUCCAGAUGAUUGGGAAAAUUUGCUCCAACGUGCAGGGUUUCGGUCUCAUAAGAUCAGUCCCAUUCGCGCUAUUCAGUCCGUCAUUGAAGCCUUCCCAUAGUAAAAGCUCUAUACAAGGAGUACUACUUUGCUUCUUUCUCCGAGAAGCGUAUAUAUAAUGCGAUUCACUUGUCAAGAAUAAGUCAUCUUCAUUUUGAGGAGAUGGUUCCCUAUUUCUUGUGUAUUGUUUUUUGUACUAUCAAUAAAUUGAAUGCCGUAAUAUUUCAGGUAUUAAUAUCAUGUAUCAAAAGAACACUUAAUUUGUGGGCGGCACUGUA